GUGAAACUCAUCGAGUGGAGGAAGAGAAGAAGACAGAAUCUGCUUAGUCACCAACCAGAAGUCCAAUGAGUUGAGUAUCUGGAGGAGAUGAGUCUUACUCUCCCAACACUUUCAGAGGAAGGAAUAAGAAAGUGUCAGCUGACAGUGGGACAGAGAAGAGGCAAGAGAUGACCAUUGCUGGAUACACGUCGCAACACAUGAUUGCCUCUGAAAUAUUACCGUUCCCUAAAUGACCAAAGGAGGUCAUAUUCCUGGAUCCUCUGACUGAGAUCAGGGAAUCGUUUCAUGUCAGGAAAGCAACGGGAGAAACGUCUUAAAGCCCUUCCUCUCCGGCCACAAUGCCCGAACAAGUGAACCAUUUCCAGGGUCAGAGCUUCCACAAGCUGAGGCGGGCCUGCCUGAGGCGAGGUGCCCUCUUUCAGGACCCUCUGUUCCCCGCCACCCCCCAGUCCUUAUUCUACAGGAGGAAGCCCCCGCCGGGACUGACCUGGAAGAGGCCGAGGGAGAUAUGUAAAGACCCUCGUCUGUUUGUUGACGGCAUCAGUACUCGUGACUUGCACCAAGGCAGUCUGGGUAACUGUUGGAUGGUGGCUGCCAUUUCCUGCUUAGCAUCUGAGCCAUCUCUGUGGAAGAAGGUUAUCCCAGACCAUGUGGACCAGGAGUGGAACCCGAAGCGUCCCAACCUGUACGCCGGCAUCUUCCAUUUCCGGUUCUGGAGACUCGGCCGUUGGACGGAUGUUGUCGUGGACGACCGUCUGCCGGUCAGCAGUGAUGGAGUGCUGCUCUUCUGUCGCUCGGCCACUCCACGGGAGUUUUGGAGCGCUCUAUUGGAGAAGGCCUACGCCAAGCUAAACGGCUGCUAUGAGGCCCUGGAGGGAGGAAACACCACGGAGGCCCUGAUCGACUUCACUGGAGGGGUUUCGGAGCCCCUAAGCCUGGAUCGUGAGGCCCUCAGCCAGCACAGCGACCAGAGGAGGGCCUUCUUCCAGACAUUGGCUAAGGCUCAUGAACGUAAAGCCCUCAUCACCUGCUCCAUACGGCCAGCAGAGGGGGAGACAGUGGAGUCGGUGUUGGACUGUGGCCUGGUGCGAGGACACGCCUAUGGGAUCACAGCAGUGAGGAAGAUGAGGCUGGGGGAGAUGGGUUGGAUGUCCCGACUCUUCAUGGUGCGCAUGAGGAACCCAUGGGGGACCACGGACUGGACGGGUGCCUGGAGUCAAGGGUCGCAGGAGUGGCAACAGAUGAGUCGUGCAGAGAGGGAGAAAAUGGGCCUGGUUGUUCGAGACGUUGGGGAGUUCUGGAUAGAUUUUGAGGAUUUCUGUCAGUACUUCACAGACGUGGUGGUGUGCCGGAUGGUGGAGAGCUCUCUGCUGUGGCCCAGCUCUCACUGGAGGGAAGUACGCUGCUAUGGGGAGUGGGCUUCAGCUCCUAAUUCCCCUCCGUCCACCGUCUAUCCCAGCAACAACACGCUGAGCUUGGGAAAGACCAACGCCAAACCUGGAGAGACUAAGCAGCGAGGUAACAGAAAGGAGGCCAGACUUGGGGAGCCGAAGGGAGGCAAAGGAGGGAAGCGUGAGCAAGAUAAGGCUGUGAAAAAACUGAAAAAGGAAGAGGGUGGUGCAGAGGUGGGAGGAUGGGAGGCACAGAUGGACAAGAGGAGUCGGUGUGGAGGGUGCAUCAACCACAGAGACACUUUCCUGCACAAUCCACAGUUCAUGUUUGAGGUGAGAGGCAAAGAGGAGGAGAUGUUAAUCUGUCUGCAGCAGGAGGACAGGAGGAUACAGAGGAAGGAUGGAGGAGGAGAAAACCUGCCUAUUGGCUUUGAAGUGCUGAAGGUGGAGGUGAACCGUGGCAGCCGGGUGCAGUGUGUGGUGGAGCAGGCGGCCAGCUCCGUCUACAUGGACUCCCGCAGUGUGACCCUGAGGGGGGCUCUGACCCCGGGGCGGUACGUGGUGCUGCCCACCACCUUCCUGCCAGGAGCAACAGGACGCUUCCUGCUACGCCUCUUCUCCCACUCCCACAUCCCUCUCAGGGAAUUGAAGGAGGAUUUGCUGUCCCCCUCUGUCUUCCACUGUUUUCUACCUCAACCAACAUUGGUGACCACUGUCUACCUCCGAAGGGCAUCAGGACUUCACCCCCCCAAACAAAAAGCUCCAGAUGUUUAUGCCAUAGUGCGGUGUGAGAACGACACCAUCAGGACACAUGUUUUCAAGGCGGAGGGAAACCCAGAGUUCAACCUCAGAGCCAUCUUCUACAGGAGAUACCCCAGCACACACAUCUCUAUCGAGUUGUGGAGCAGAGGGUGGCUGUGGGACUCCAUGCUGGGAGAGGCUCGGCUCCAGACGGCCGAGUCAGAGAGAAGUCGGAGUCAUGUGAUCGAUCUGCGAGGCGGCCAAUCCCGGUCCGGGUACCGAGGGUGCGUCUACGUCGAGACCUCCUCCAGCGUCUGCCUCACAGACUUGUGACAGCAUCCUGCGUUGCCCUGGUUACUAUUCCCUGACAUGGCAAGUGUCUUCCUCUCUGGUGGAAGUGGAUGGACAAACAGAAGUUUUGAUGAACUAAAGUUAGACUGUGUUAAACAACUAAACCGCUGAUACAUUUUGUAAUUAAAGAUGUAUUUAAGGCAGAUGCUAGUUGCACCUGGGUGUAUAUAGUCAGUAAUGCUAUUUGCACCUGGGUGAGUAUAGUGAAGAAU